CCUUGUUUGCCAGCCUGCAGUUAUGAAUCACACACCUGAGCUGGCUAAAAGUGGCACACAGCCCUGAAAUAGUUUAACAGCUGCAUGUGUGGAAGGAGCUGUACCUCUCAGAGGCCUCUGAGUGCUUCACUGCUGAUCCCCAGUAUGCAAAUGGAGCAGAAACUGGGGGAAGAAACCCUGUUUUUAUUACAACCUCUCCUACAACUUUCCACAUUCCAGCUCCUCUCCAUCUCAAGGAAUAACUGGAUAUUUGGAGGUGGCCACCACAAGCUCACAAAAGCUCCAGGUAAAGGCCAGGCUGCGCCCCUGACUUAGAGAGGAAUUGCUCCCCACCCUGCUUUGACUGCUGACUGGAAACAUCUGUGGAUUCAAAUCUUUACACUUUUUCCACCUUCACUUGCCUGUGUAAGUAGGCACAGAGCAUAUUUUGAGACGGGGGGGAAAAAAAGAGAAGAAAAGAAGGAUGUGGUUGUGUUUGCCGCUUAGAAAACUGUAAGGCACGGGCGGUAAGAAAACGCUCUCAUGCUCUCUAGAACAGCCUGGACUGAAGCAAUGCUGCUGAUCUGCUUGCCAGGGCUCAGGAGUUGUCUGAAACAAUCCUGAAGCCACAGGAGAUUCCUUCAAAAACCUGUUGAGGACAGAAAUUUUCCUCGGAAGCCUGGAAAAGAGCAAACGUGGUGCCUCUCUUGAGAAGGGGGAUAGGAAGGAGUUGGACAAACUAGAUCUGUAAUCCUGGCUUUAGUGUUUGAAAGAAAAACUGGAAUCACUCACCAAAGAAUCUAUUUGUAAGCAUGCAGAACUCGAGUCAGUGGGCAGAAAUGACCAACAGCAGUGAGAACUGCAGCUUCACAGCCAUUGACAGCCUGGCAUGGAGCGUGCAGCUGGGGCUCUCCAUCCCCACCUUCAUCCUGGGGCUGCUGCUCAACAGCCUGGCCCUGUCUGUGUUCUGCUGCUUUUGGAGGAGGCAGACCAAGACCUGGGUGUACAUGAUCAGCCUGGUGCUGGCAGACGUCCUGCUGCUCCUCUCGCUGCCACCAAAGCUGUACUACUCUGUCACCAGGGUGCCUGGCCUGCUGUGCUCCUUCAUACAGGCUCCUUACUUCGUCAACACCUACAUCAGCAUCUUCAUCAUCGUCUGCAUCACCGUGGACAGGUACAUCUGCAUAAGGCACCCCUUUGAAGGCCGAGCUAAGCAAUCCCCCAGGUGGGCUGUGGUGAUUUGCUGCUCCAUCUGGGCAGCAGCCUGGAUCUGCAGCAUCCCAAUUUUUGUGUUUCAGAAGAAGGAACCUAUUAAAUGCUUUCACAACAUGUCGAGUCAGACGUGGAGUGUGCCCUUCAUCGUUUCUGUGGAAAUAUUUGGGUUUCUGAUCCCGCUUGCUGUGAUGGUUUUCUGCUCUGCUCAAACCAUCUGGAUUCUCCUGAAUCACAAAACUCAUGACAAGAAAAAGAAGGUAGAAGAGAGAGGCUCAUUGAGAGUAAUUGUCAUCAACCUGGUGGUGUUCCUGGUGUGCUUCACGCCCGUCCACCUUGGGAUCCUGCUGCAGUGCCUGGUGAGGCAGCACGUGAUCGUGGGCUGCAGGAUGAAGCAGACCAUCAGCCUCUUCCUCCAGGUCUCCAUGACAUUUGCCAACCUCAACUGCUGCCUCGAUGCCAUCUUCUACUACUUUGCUGCCAAGGAAUUCUGUAAGAAAACCCACCUGAAGAGAGUCAUAGAGCUGUGUCCUGUCUUCAACCCUUGUGCCAUGCGAUGGCACUGCCAGCAGUGGGAGAAUGCCCCUUGCCAGGACACUGACAGUGCUGUCCCUGACGUGGCAGGGACUGGGCCAUAGGGAGAAGGACAAUGUUUUCCCAGUGAAGGCAAAUCUGUUCCAUAUUUUUCUUCCCUUUAAAGAUGAAGGAGAAAAAAAUUAGAUUAAGGAACCAGCAUUAGCAAAGUGACAGACUGACCCCAGAAGAAGCAUUAGCCUUGACAGUAUCUACCAAAUGUGAAAAGCUUGCCAGAGGACAACGAACCACAUCAUGGGAAUGCCUUUCAACAUCAGCUUUGGUCAUAGCUGCACCAGUUUUCCCUUUACAUAUGUGGCCAGAAAGGUGUUGCUAAGAGCAAAACUAGAAAUAACUGUUCAUAACCAUUCUAAUUUAGAAUGGUUAUGAAGCUUCCUCCUGGAAGUUUCAUAGAAGUUAUAAUGCUUCCUCCUGGAAGCAUCAUCAGCCUGGGACAGCAGGGAAUCCUCCCUCCUGGAAGCAUCAUCAGCCUGAGACAGCAGGGAAUCCUCCCUCCUGGAAGCAUCAUCAGCCUGGGACAGCAGGUAAUCCUCCCUCCUUGAAGCAUCAUGGACUGCUCAGGGCUGCUAGGAGGGACAGCAGUUUUUGCUCUUUGAUGGAGGACAUGCUGCCCAGAACAGAAAUCCAAGGGACUACCUCAGGUACCAGCCAUUCCUGAACAAACUUUCCUGAUUAUCUGUGCUGAGGAAUCAUCGUGGCUUUCUCCUGCAAUUUUAAAUCAGGUUUUGCCCAUGGAAAUCCAAACAACCCCUUCAAACAUGAGAUUCAGAGAAAGACUGAAUGUGUUGAACUGUGUUUCUACAUCAGUGACUUUCUGUCAAAGACAUACCCUAACACAUGUAUGAAAUUCUUCUGUCUGUCUUCUCAUUCUUCCUUGCACAGGGGAAUUAAGGAAGCAAGCCCUGCAUGACAGAAGAUGAGGGAGUGAUUGACAAUCUCCUCUCUCCCAGCUAGAAGACUGGACCAGCUCUACCCAGCUCAUCCCUUAGGGAAAUCCUUCCAGCUUGUGCUGUGCACCUCUCUAAAUAUCUCUGGGCUUGCCUGAACUCUUCAGGUCAGCACUUCUGGGCUGUCACCACCCUAAUGCCAUUUUCAAGCUUGGCUCUGACUCUGAUCUAAAGGUUUCUUUGCUGCAAUUUAAGCCAAGAAUUUCUUGAACCCUUAUCUGGGCAUGAUUGGUGCUCAUAACCAGAAACACUUUCCCAAAAAGAAAUAAUUUUCUUUGCCUUUCUAAAAGGAGCUGUGAAAAUAGUCUAAGACUGCUGGUAGUCAAGUUUCUGGGGGCAGGUAUUCCAUUUAUUCAAAAUGUGAAAAGAAAUUACCUUCUCUCGGUAGCAAAUUAAAAAGAAAGGGGUCCAGUUUUGAAAAUACAAUUUGCUGUCCACCAAUUUCCAUAGAAAUUAUUGACUGUGCAAGAAGGCAGCUGCACAUAUCUUAUAGUGGACCUAAUAUAUGAACAUUUUAAAACUUGGUAGUGCUAAAAGUAUGACCACAGCUGAGGUGAAAAAAUAUUUUCAGCAUCAUCUUCACUGCUUUCUGUAAAGGAGCAAGAGGAAGAGCUUUCCAAAAGAGUAGAUUUUCUAAACAUUGUUGAGUGCCUCCAUCACUCAGAAACUUACAGAUUUUCAAUAGGGGUCAACCUUUCUUCUUUGCACCUUUCACAUUACUUUGCAUACAAAAUAUGUGUGAGAGAAAGAAGUAAAUUUACUAAAUAAACUGGACAUGUGAAGUGAAUGAUUUGAAAACACAUUUUAACUUCCCAAUUUGACAGCAUUAUGUAAUUCUCCUCUACCUGUAUUAGCUGCCUAAAAAAUUGCAGCAGCAACUGUGACCCAUCACCCAAGGCUGGGAUUAUUAAAGUCAGGGCUAAUUAAGCUGCAGUAAUGGGCAGUGGUGGGAGCACUGCUCUCAAGGCUCAGUGUGCUCCUGGCUGCAAACCCAGACUACAAAAUCUGGGACUUUAACUGGACUAUUCUCUUCCCAUUUAUUGCCACCAGUGCCACUUCUUU